CUCUGCGCAUGUCCGCAGCCGUUGGGCUGUGUGCGUGCGCUGCGUUUGGCCGCGAAAUUUGAACAGGAGCGAUGGAUCCGGCCCUGGGGAUACCCGGAACGUCUGCUCCCCACCUCCGUCUUAGCGUCUUAUUUCCGAACCGUCCAUCUGGCGCAUAGAGCUGCUGAUUCGGACCGGGUGCAACUGGUGCCGAGAGCGGCACAUUUGAGUGAAGGGAAACGGAGCUUUGCAGAAGUACUGCAGAGAGCUGGAAUUAUGGGAGUGAAUGACUUGUGGCAGAUUUUGGAGCCAGUUAAGGAAUAUGUUCCAUUGCAGAAUCUUAAAGGGAAAACGUUAGCUGUGGAUAUGAGCUAUUGGGUCUGUGAGGCUCAAACAGUGAAAGGCAUGAUGGGGACAGUCAACAAACCACAUCUCAGAAAUUUAUUUUUCCGUAUUUCAUAUCUCACUUUGAUGGAUGUGAGACUUGUCUUUGUGGCAGAAGGUGUCGCACCAAAACUGAAGGCUGACACAAUGAGUAAACGGAAUGAGAUACGACGUGGUGGGUCCAGAAAGCCAGGAAAUUGUACUGUCCGGACAGGAAGAUCCCAUUUUAAAUCUGUUCUUAGAGAGUGCUGUGAAUUGCUGGAUUAUCUGGGUAACCCGUGGGUUUGUGCUGCUGGUGAGGCUGAAGCUAUGUGUGCCUAUCUCAAUGAAAAUGGAUAUGUUGAUGGUUGCAUCACCAAUGACGGUGAUACUUUUCUAUAUGGUGCUCAGACUGUGUACAGGAACUUGACCAUAAACACAAAGGAUCCCCAUGUGGACUGCUACGAAAUGUCAGCAAUAAAAUCCAAAUUAGGCCUUGACCGAGAUGCACUAAUUGGUUUUGCAAUUCUGCUUGGAUGUGAUUACCUGCCAAAGGGGGUUCCAGGAGUUGGGAAGGAACAGGCUUUGAAGUUGGUUGAGACAAUGAAUGGACAGAGUCUACUUCAAAGGUUUAAACUAUGGAAAAGAGAGUUUGAUGAAGUUGGUACUCGUGAUUCCCUUGUUAAAAAGAAAGUGCACUGCUCGGUGUGCCAACACCCAGGAUCAGCCAGGGAGCAUGCAACCAAAGGCUGUCAGUUGUGUGCAAGUGGUCAGUCCUGUUUACUGCAUAGCAGUGACUACCAAUGCUCUUGUGAUUGGCAUCGGGCAGAGGAGAAGAGAAAAACCAACUCUCUGGAGGACAUAAUCAAAAAAAAAGCAAAAGCUUGUGAGCAUUUCCCAUUCAAAGAGGUGAUCAGGGAAUUUCUUAUCAGCAAAGACCAACCAAUUCAAAAGCCUCAGUGGAGGCGCCCAAAGCUGCUACUACUUCAGAAUUUUGCUCUGGAUAAAAUGGAGUGGCCUAGACACUACACAUGUGAAAAAGUGCUGCCAUUACUUUCACAUUACGACAUGAUGGAGAGAAGACUGGGUAAAAGAGAUCCCUGCCACUUACAGCCUGUAAGUAUUGUCAAAACAAGAGUACGGAAUGGGACUCCAUGCUUUGAAAUUCAAUGGGAAAAACCAGAACAUUACGUUUACCCAAGUGAACAGUCUGAAGAUUCUCAGGGGACUGUGACAACCAUAGAGGAGCGACUUUUGUUUGAAACAACAUACCCAGACAUCACUGCUCAAUUUCAUGAAGGGAAAGCUGAAGAGAAGGAGAAGAAGCAUCAAAAAAGUAAAAGUAAGAAAAAAGACAAGACAACAACAGUACCUGAUGAAAUCACACAUCUAAUGUCUGGGAUGAGUUUACAACCUUUCCAUAAAGGUUUGACUGCAAAAAUGGAACCUGGUCCAAAAAAUACAGGUCAAGAGACAAAUGCCUCCAACUGCACACACAUUAGUUCUUCUGCUGGCUUUUCUACUGAAUAUUCUGUGUUACCCAAAGAAUUCUGGAGGGAGUCAACAAAUGAAAUUUCCCAACCUGCAAAUAAUCAGAGUGCAGAAGAAGAAAAAUCUGACAGUGAGUCAUUAUUUCUCAAAGCAUCAGAAAAUAGGAUGAGUCCCUGUACUGUUUCCCCUUCAGUAUCUUUAUUAGUAGCAGAGUUGCACUUGAGUGACAUUGACUGGAGUCAAUCAUUUAGUACAUCACUUUCAGAGUGCACUCCAAUAAUACAACCUGAAACUUCCGAACAAGCUCAGUUACAGAUUAGUGAGAAUUGUUGUGUUCCCAUUAGCUCUUCCAUCAAAUUAAUAGAGGAUGAGGCAUUGAAGGAAAACACUGCAGUCCCUUCUCAAGAGUGUGUUCGAAAAAAUAUGAAAUUAUUUUAUGAGGAUACAUCCAUGUUGGAAGAUUUUGACCAGCUGCCUUUAAAAGAUCGAAUUCUACUGAAGAAUUCACGGCAGUUUUUAUCUCUGCCUCAACCAAAUUCUAAGUCCAGUGGAAACAACUCCUUGCUGUGUUCUGCUUCUGUUAAAGGUGAUUUGCCAUCUGCUGAAGCAAAUACUGAGUCCCUUAUUGAAGAAAAACUCUCAAAGAAUUCCAAUCAAGAGAAGCUCACCAGGAGUCUAUCCUCAGAAAAUCAACAUCCUCAGCAAGUAGGAAGAAAAAUGUGUACUUCUCACAAAACUGCUGGUCAUCGUACUAGGCCAUCGACUGUGCCUGAAAAGAAGAAUGUAAAAGACUCAGUGGAGAAGAUUGUUGGAAUUCAUGAUCCAACUAUGUAUUCAUACCAAAUUUCAAAGCCGAAUAGCAUCUCAUUCAUAGAGGAGAAAAACAAGGCAAGCAAACCGCCCAAAAUGAAACUGGUGAGUGGAAGUGGAUCAACAAUUGCGACAAGUGUGUGUUGUAACACAUAUUUGUCUAGUGAAGACAGUGAUACAGAGAAUUCGAGAAAUAGAAAGCAAAAACGAGGCAUCAAAUUAAGAGCUGGGGAGAACACCAUGAUCCCAUUCUGCACUUCAAAACUAGGCCAACCUCGUGUUCAGCAGAACAAAUCCAGGCCUAUCACUGGUAUAACUUGUAGCACCAACAAUCAGUCCCAAGUAGUCAGUGUUACUGUUCUAGGGAAAAAUGCCCAAGCACAAUUAAUGUCCAAGCACAGCAAAGAUAAGAGUAAAAUUGAUGUAUUCCAGAAAAAUACUUCAGAAACUAACACCCUCAGUGGCAACAGCACCAUUCUGCUGAAAUCACCAUUGAGAGGUGUGGAAAAUUACAAGAAUUUCAGUGGUGAUGAGGAUUCCAUUAUAGUAAUAAGUGACAGCCCCCUUCCACUUUCUGAAAGGCUGAAUCUUUGACUCCAGAGUGGCUGAAUUGUUAUGCAGAAAUUUGAGAAUCAGAUACACUAUGUUUGAUUGUGUAGAAUGUCUAGCCCAUGAAUGUGUAUUUUUCCCCUAACAUUUUCCAGCACUGCAAACUGUCAGUCACUUAAAAUGUUCACUAGUGUAUAUUUUUAGAGAUCAUAAAAUUAUGCUUAGUCUUCCAUAUCUUUUCCCACUCCACUUGCAGUUACUAAUGGACAGACUGAUUUGCAGUUUUAUUUAUAGACUUGAGGUCUAAAUGUAAAUAAUUUUUAGAAUCUAGUUUAAAUACUUCACUUGCGUUGGGAACAAUUUAACCCCCUCUUAGCCCCUCCUCCUAUUCACUUUAUUGUUUUUUUUUGAAGACAAAAAUAAAACCCAUUUGGAUUAAGGUAAAAGAUAAUAAAGGAUCAAUCACAUUAAUAAGCUUGGUCUACAGAUAAUAGUGGAAGAGAGGUGAAGGAUGAUGCAUUAGACAAAUUUGGGAAAAGAGUAAAAAAAUAGAAUAAUAAUCAUUGGGGAUUAAUUGGACUAUAGAGGUAAGAAUGGAGAUGAGGGAAUAAGUUUCUGCAAUAGGUACCUCACUGCUCACCCAAUAUGUAAAAAGCCCAGAGGAAGAUUAGCUAUUUGAUCCAGUAAUACAGAAUGAACCAGAGCAGGUAGAAGUAGGAAACAUAAAAUAAUGGUCAUAAUAUAAUAUGUUUUGAUAUGAUAAGAGAGGACAUAUUCAGUUAUUGAUUCAAAGAAUGUUUAAUCCGAGGAAUUGAGGAUAAAAUGGGCAACAAGGUUGAUAAACUGUGAUGUAAAGUAACACUGGUAAUUUGAAACAAAAACAAAACGCUGGAAAUACUCAGAAGGUCAAGUAGCAUCUGUGGAAGAGAAACAGUUAAGGAUUCAGGCCCGUGAUCCUUCAUCAGAGCUCGGAAAGGGAGAAAAACAAGUUUUCUCAGUAGCAGAAAAUGUGGGGGAGAGAUGGGUAGAACAAAAGGAAUAUCUGAUAGGAUGAAACCAUUUGAGUUGAUGUAGCAAUAGGGGUUGCAGAUAGGAUCAGGUUAUGCUUCUUUGUCUUUGUAAUGCAUUGCUGAUAGCAAGACAACGAGACUCACCCAGCAGGCCAGACUAUACAACCAGAAAAAAGAAAAAUUGGGCCAAAAUGGAGAUGGGUGGAGAUGGCCAGUUCUAAUACAGACAGAAAGAAAGGGCGAGUUACCUAGGGUUGGUGAAUCUAAUGAUGAGUCUGGAAAGCUGCAGCAUGCCCAAAUAAAUGAGGUGUUGUUCCUUGGGCUUCAAUGUAACAGUGCAGGAGACCACAGGCAGAAAGAUCAGAGUGGGUGUGGGAUAGGGAUUAAAGUGGCAGGUAACCAAAAGUUCAGGAUCACUCCUAUGGAUUAAACACUGAUGCUCCAUAAAGUGAUCACCCAAUCUGUGUUUGGUUUUUCUAAUGUAGAGGAGACCUUACCGUGAGCACCAAAUGCAGCACACUAGGUUGGAAUUGCUGCCUCGCUUUGAAAGACUUUCAGUUGCUUGGAUGGUGGGAAGGAAAGAGGUGAAACGAUAACUGUUGAAUUUCCAGCUGAAUGGGAAAGUGCUAUAAGACAGUGAGUGGUCGGUGCAGAGCAGACCAGGACGUCUUGAAAGGAGCGAUCCUUUCGAAAUGCUGAAUGAAAACCGGGAUAUGUAUCUGGGGGUGGAAUCUUGUCAGAGUUGGUGGAAAUUGAAAAAGGGUGAUCUGCUGAAUGAGGACACAGUUGGGGUGGGAGACGGGAACC